AACCUUUAGAGCCAUUCAAAGCAAAGCAAACAAAGAUAUCAAACAAGUGAAGAAAGCAGUAUCCGAGGCAGUAUCUCUAUAGACUACAAGAAAAGAUGAAUUUUGAACUUGCGUUUGAAGAAGUAGACGAGGAGUUGGUAACCAUGGGAGACGAAAUGUCGGCUGGUCUGAAUGUGGACUUAGAAACUGAAGAAGCUAUGAGUGAAGAAUCGUGGGCAAGUGGUAAUAAAUUGAAGGUGAACUUGGUCGAGUCAAUGGAAAUGGCCGAUGAAAUAGGAAACGGAAUCUCUAACGACGUGAUUUCUGAAGAAAAACUUACAGCAGAUUUUGCAAAAGACGUAUCAAAGGAGCUCUUUGGACCAGAAAACCCAGCGGAGGUCGCCGAGGAGAUCCCUAAAUCAUUGUAUGAGGCUUCGGUAAAAAUAAGUCAACUCCAGAACGAGACAGAAGCAGCAGAGUUGGCUGAAAAGAGCGGCUCAAAAUUCUCCAAGUUGAAGAUGGUGGGAAAGGUCCUCGCUUAUGGGACUGGUAUUGUAAUGGGGCUUGACUGGUUAGCAGGGAAACUUGCUAACAUUGUUGAAGUAUGCAUUGACUCCGAUGAUCCACCAGACUGGGCAAAUCAGCUGACAGCAAAUGAGAAGGACGACAUGAAGCAUCUCGGAGAUGCUGUAUCGACCCUUCAAAAUACAAUCCAAAGCUGGACUCAGCAAUGGUCUACGUACAAAGAUCAGCUAACGGACCUUGGGACAGUCACCGUCACUAUCAACAGCACUGCACAUAGCAUUCCAGUAAUGUACAUGCUCUUCUAUGCCUUUUCUGAUAUGAGAGGAGUGAUCAAUAAUGCUCAGACUGCUCUCAGUGCUGAUGUCGGGAACCUAAAUGUAGCAGCUGUCAUUGUUGCCACUAAUAACGUGUUUAUGGCCUUCGCUGAUGCUCUGGCUGUAUUCAAGAUCAAAGAAAAAUCUAAUGGAUUACAAAUCCAAGAUUUCCCUCCACAAAAUGACAAUGUAACAAUCAACAACGCCAUCUCCACUUUCCGCAAUGGAAGGGCAAGGGUGAAUGCCGUGGGUGUAAAAUACACUCGAUUUGCUUCUACAAAUGCCAUAACGGCAUACCUCCAAGUCAGGAUCAUAAGAGAUAUCUACUCCAGCAUGCAGACUGUUGUCCUUCCAGCCAUGAAAGAUGCUGCUAAAGAAGCUUUCAAGAGUGCAGCCCAAGAUCACAUGGACUCGGUCAAAGCUAAAAUACGGGCGGAAGCAUUUAUUCCUGCAGUUGGACCUGAAAAGGCCAGAGAGAUGCUGAAAAGUGAGCAGGCUAAAGCAGCACAGCUUGGGACUACAGCUGCACAAACUGCUGCCGAGAAGGUUCUGAGAGAGCGUAGACCACAGGUUGUUGCAAAUGCUAAAGCUGAAGUUAAAAAAUAUGCACAAGUCGAUCAAGUACAGCUUCGAAAAAUAGCCGACUUUGCUGUUGACAGUGCCAUGGGCCAAGUGAAAACUGCAGUCUCAACGAAAUAAGCUGUACAGCAAAAACAUUCUGACCACCACUGCAGCUUAUAUAAUUACUAUUUCUUUAUUAAUUUAUUUUUGCCAUUCCUUAUGUCUUUUGUUUAUUAAAAAUUAUCAUUAAAAA